AUGAGUAGUUUAAGUGUUCCACCCCCCUCAGAAGGGAGACAACCUACGUUUCUAGAUACUCUUAAAGGUUUUACCAAGGAUAAUUUAUCCCAUGGUGUUCGUAGUAAUCUUUCUAAACUGGACCCUAGGUUACCGGAAGACUUGAAGAACAUUACUCUCUACUUGAAGGAAGAGAAAAAUGUUUUGACGAGUUUACAGAAUGCUGCAACUGAAAGAAGAGAAGAUAGUGGCGAUGACAUUGCCGAUAUUACCGAAAAAUUAGCUGAUUUAUUAACGAAAAUUUCAGACGUUGAGAUCGUAAUGACCGAAAAAUAUGAGCAUUAUAGAAAUAUUAUUAAAGAAAUUCGUACAGCUGAAGCACGACUUAUCGUUCAUAAAGAAAAAAAACGAAAGAUUAACGAUGAAAUAAACAGAAUAAUGAAGUCACAUCCAAAAUCACCUAGAAUUGCUGAACUUGAAGCUGAUCUUAAAAUGGUUAAUCAUGACGCUUUGGCUGAUGAAAAUGAUGUUGCCAAUAUUAGAAGAAGAAAAUUUAAAGAAGCGAUAGCAGUUCAUUUAAACGCUACAUUUGAAGCGGCAGAAAAAACUGCUAUUAUUUCUGGUUUUGGUUGGGAUCUUGUUGAACAAAUUGAUGCAACUCCUACUAAACCUGGUGAACAAAAAUUACCAUACAAAGGUCUCGAGAUAACUCAACAAACGAUUAAAGAUUGUCAGCUUGCUCUACAUCGUUGGCAACCAUCCUCUUCAGAAAUCAGACCUCUUUUACCAACUUUAACCAACACUGCUCCAGCACAGUUAGCAGCUCAAAAAACGGAAUAUGAAGCAAAAAUUAGUCAACUUAUGACCAACAUGAAUGCUUUGAAGGAUGAGCAUGAAGUUCAAGUGACCGGAUUUGCUACAAGUUUAGAGAAUCAAAAACGAGAUUACGAAGCACAAAUUAAUGAGUUGACCUCUGCUUUAGCGGCACAAAAGGAGGGGUAUGAAGCGCAACUUAACGAUUUAUCUACCGCAUUACAGACAGAAAAAGCGACCGCCGAACGAAAAAGUGCUGAUGCGGCAUCAGCUCUUGAAUCUCAUAAACAAGAAUUUAAUACCAAAUUUCAUGAAAUUUCUGCAGAACUAGAAGCUUCAAAGAAAAAAUAUGAGGAACAAUUAAAACAGUAUAAUGCAUUAAUUUCUCAAAAACAAGAAUACGAGAUCGCGCUAAGAGAAAGAGAUUCGAUUAUUUCAAAACUUCAGGUCGACGUUAAUGGUGUAGCAACAGAAAAAGGGAAGUUGAGUCAAGUGAUAAAGGAGUUGGAGGAAACACUUAAAUCUAAAUCUACAACAAUUGACCAAAAAGAAGACAAGAUUGGUAAAUUAGAAGAUGACAUUUCUAGUAUAAAGGAUCAGCUUGCAGGAUUAAAAAUAUCACCGGCGAUUACAACGAAUCUUUCAGAUCCUUCAUCUUCCACCCGUAGCGUUGUGGGACACGUGCCAGUUUUAUCGGAAGGCAGUACUAUCAUUGAAGAACCUCCUAAUACCACUUCUUCAAAUAAUUCUACAGAACUAAAUGGACCUGGACCUACUGCACCACAUGUUCCUCCACAAUUUGGUGGGUUUGGACCUCCAUCUCAACAAGGAUAUUAUGGUCAACAAUAUUAUCAACAAUCGUUCUAUAAUCCUCAACAACCAUUUUAUGGACAAGCUCAACAAGGUCAAAGUCCAUAUGGCGGUUUUCAACAACCUCCUCCGCCAGGACAAUUCGGUCAAGCCGCUCCUUCACCGCAACCACCGGGUGGUUUUGUUGGUGGAUUCUUCCUUGGACAACCUGACGAUGCACCACCAGCUUACGAUGGACCGCCAAAAGAAGCAGCAUCAAUAUAUACAUCAGCAACCGAUACAGCCAAAGAGGUACCUUCAACAUUUCUAAAACGAAUCACGAAUGGAUUAAAUACGGUCAAAUCAUCGAUAUUCAGAGAAAGAGAAUCUGUCAUAGAUGAUAAAUUUAAAAUAAGUGGAGUGGGGACAACUUGGAAUGAAGCGAUAACGGAAGCGGAAAAAACAAUUCAAGUUGGAGGAGGCACAUCAGAUAUCGAUCCAUUUAAACUUUUAGAUUUAUCGGAUUUAACGGAUAACAUCAAGAGACUUUUAGGAAGUGGACAUCCAUCAUUAGACAAUGUUAGUAAUUAUUAUUUCUUGUCCGAAGGAAAACGUAUUAGACCUUUAAUCGUAUUAUUAAUGUCGCAAGCAACAAGCAUAGCUCCAAAACAGCAUAAUCCCGCUCCCAUAGACCAUUCUCCAAUAAUAAACGAGCCAUUAUCACCACUAAUUUCAUCGUUCGAAGCACAAAACUAUAAUGACACUACUUCAUCAUCAUCUUCUUCGAAGCACUCUCCUACGGGUAAAAUUCUUCCCACCCAAAGGAGAUUGGCAGAGAUUACAGAAAUCAUUCAUACGGCAUCAUUAUUGCAUGAUGACGUGAUUGAUGAAUCCGAAACCAGACGUAACAAACCUUCCGUCAAUAUAAAUUUUGGUAAUAAGAUGUCUAUACUGGCAGGAGAUUUCUUGUUAGCUAGAGCAUCAGUCGCGUUGGCUCGCUUACGUAAUCCCGAAGUCAUUGAGCUGAUAGCCACCGUUAUUGCCAACCUGGUUGAAGGCGAAUUUAUGCAACUUAAAAAUAUUCAAACAUCGAAGAAAACUACUUCGGAUACGACCAUGACACCUUUUGAAUAUUACAUGGAGAAAACCUACAUGAAAACUGCUAGUUUAAUCGCAAAAAGUUGUUGCGGAGCUUCGGUAUUAGGUGGAUCUACUCGAGAAAUAUCUGAAAUUGCCUAUACUUAUGGUAAAAAUAUAGGUUUGGCUUUUCAAUUAAUUGAUGAUAUGUUAGACUUUGUUGUUAGUGCAAAAGAGUUGGGUAAACCUGUCGGUGCAGAUCUAAAGUUGGGUUUGGCAACUGCUCCCGUAUUAUAUGCGUGGGAGAAAUAUUCCGAAUUGGGUCCAUUGAUAAAACGUAAAUUUUCUCAACAAGGAGAUGUGGAAAAGGCACGAGAAUUAGUUUAUCAAAGCAAUGGAAUUGAGCAAACAAAGUUAUUGGCCGUUUCACAUUGUCAAAAGGCCAUUGAUGCCAUUCUAAAAUUACCCGAAUCCGAUGCUCGUGAUGCUUUAAUUCAAUUAUCAGAUAAAGUAGUGACGAGAAAAAAAUGA